AUGCCUGACCACGAGGACGAUCUCGCUGCCACCAAGACCGAGGGCUUCAAGGUCGGCGAGAAGAAGACUCUGGAGGAGUACCAGGAGCUGGACAAAAAUGACGAGUCCCUAAACCGCUGGAAAGCCUCCCUGGGCCUCAACACGGGCACACCAAUCGGCGACCCCAACGACCCCCGCAAGUGCAUUAUCAAGUCCCUAGCGUUGGAAGUGCGGGACCGCCCCGACGUGGUGAUCGACGUGUCCAGCGACGGAGCGUUGGCAGACCUCAAGAACAAGCCGUUCACCAUCAAAGAGGGCGCGCAGUUCCGCAUCAAGGUCGUCUUCCAGGUGCACCAUGAGGUGCUGAGUGGGCUUAAGUAUCUGCAGGUGGUGAAGCGGAAGGGGAUCCGUGUUUCCAAGGAUGAGGAGAUGUUGGGGAGCUAUGCGCCGAAUACGACUGAUAAGCAGACGUAUGAGAAGAAGUUCAAUGAGGAGGAGGCGCCCUCCGGUAUGAUGGCCCGUGGCCACUACAAUGCCGUGUCCAAGUUCCUCGACGAUGACGAUCACACCCACCUGCAGUUUGAAUGGUCGUUCGACAUUGCCAAGAACUGGUAG